UACAGUUUUGCGGAGUGACGUGUUGACGUACGGCACGUAAUAGCUUUGUUCAAGGGGACCGCCGGAUGGCGCACAACACUCACCGCUCACCCAUGUUUCCAUAUUAUUGAUCAUAAAUUCUCAAAACCCAGUGACGUCGUCCAAUGCGAAACGUGAAAACCAGAACGUGUUGCCACAAAAUUAUGUGAGAAGAGAUGAUAGCAGAACCAACAUUGCUCUCCAGAUCAGUGCAAAAAGAGAACUCCGUUGUAGACGUUUCUUCUGGCACACCUGCGAAUAAUACAGCUGGCGUGAGAAAUGAAAAUAGACAGAAAAAUGUGAGAGGAAAGAGAAAAGCCAGAGAUGGCUCGGAGAAUGCUAAGCGCAAGCACCCCAAGGCCAGGCCAGAGAAUGAGCGGGUCAAAAGCACAGAUGUGGAGGCGGUCACCUUGUUUGAGGUGGUUUCCAUGGGGAGGAGUGCCAUACAGGCUGUGGUGGAUGACUGGAUUGAGGCUUAUAUAACGGACAGAGAACCGGCCCUGCUUGACCUCAUCAGCUUCUUUAUCCAGUGUUCAGGAUGCAAAGGGGUAGUAACCGCUGAGAUGUUUCAGAGCAAGGAAGACAGUGAUGUCAUGAGCAAGAUGGUGGAGGAUCUGGAUGAGAGCUCAGGUUUACAGUACAAGAAAUUCUUGGCAUUCCCAUGGAUUCUCACUGUCACCUGGCCCAUGGACAUGGACAGUGGCGAGUACCCUCUCGUCAUGUCUGGCAUGUAUUGGAAGAGGUUCCGCAUGCACUUCUGUGACUUUGUCCAGGUGCUCAUCUCUCAGUGCCAGUACAACGUCAUCUUCGACAACUACCUCUUGAACACCCUCAUCUCCCUGCUGACGGAGCUCUCAGCUUCGUGCGUGCGUGCCUUCAGACACACCUGCACGCUGGCAGCGGUGAAGCUGCUCAGCGCGCUGGUGAAUGUGGCCCUCAGCCUGAGUGUUGGUGUGGACAACAACCAGAGGCUGUACGAGGUCGAGACGGCCAAGGCGUCCAGGAAGCGAGCUUCGUCACAACUGGAGAAGAUCCAGAGGAAAAUCACUGAGUUGCAGGACAGAAAGCUUGAAACAGAGGACAUGAUGGACGCUCUCUUUAAGGGAGUAUUUCUCAAAAGAUACAGAGAUGUGAUACCUGAGAUCAGGGCUAUCUGUAUGGAGGAGUUGACCAUAUGGAUGAAACUGUACAGUCCAGUGUUUCUGAAUGACACUUACCUAAAAUAUGUAGGAUGGAUGAUGUAUGAUAAGCAACCUGACGUACGUUUGAGGUGUGUGCUAGGUCUGCAGGCACUGUACCAGGACGUUCAGCUCAGCUCCAGAAUGGACCUCUUCACCAGCAGAUUUAAGGAGAGGAUCGUCUCCAUGACACUGGACAAGGACCACGAGGUAGCAGUGCAGGCCAUGAGGCUGCUGAUGGUCAUCUCCCAGUCAUGUGACGACGCACUGAGCCAGGAUGACCACGAGCACAUGCUGCAGUUUGUUUACGCUUCCCAUCGGCCACUCGCAGCUACCGCGGGAGAGUUCCUCUAUACCAAACUCCUCAGUGACCCCGCUGUGCCUCAGCUCAGAGAGGAGGUGACAGAGGAGGACAGAAGCAGGGCGCUGACCCUGGCCAGGAUCCGAGCUCUCACCCACUUCUACACUGAGAACCAGCUGCACCAGCACGUGCUGUAUCUGGUGGACAGCCUGUGGGACUGCGGUGGUGCUCUUCUGAAGGACUGGGCUUCCCUGACCUCUCUACUCACAAGCCAGGCCUCUGUACAGGAGCAAGCUUUGAGCAGCGACGAGGAGGCUGUGGUCAUUGAGGUCCUUGUGGCGUCAGUGAGACAGGCUGCAGAGGGACCUCCACUAGUGGGGAGAAGCUCAGGCAAGAAGGUAAUUGGUACUAAAGAGAAAAGACCUCAGACCGAGGACUGUACAAAACUUACAGAACAUUUCCUUAAGGUGCUACCUGAGCUGAUAUCCAAGUAUAUAGAAGAUGCCAAGAAACUGACCCCUUUCCUCAGAAUACCUCAGUACUUCCACAUGGACACCUGUGGUGGGGGUGAAUACUCAGAGGCCGUGCAGGCGUUGCUGACAGGGCUGAAGGCUGCAGUGGACAGACACUCAGAGGCAGAGCUGCUGGAAGCAGCCGCCCGCUCCUACCAGACGCUCUGUGCCAACGACUCACCCUGGCGGCACCUAGCGGUGACAGCCAUAGAGCAGCUUGCCCAGCACUGGAGCCGCACGCUGGAGACCUGCCUAGAUGAGACACUGAGCGACGGCGCGUUUGUAGCAGAUGACGGUAAAAAAGAAGAAAUUCUGUCCACUCUGAAGAAACUAACCACAUUCAACAACACUCAGGAUCUGUCUAAAUGGGGGAUAUGUGAGCUGGUGUCCAAGCUCCUCCUGGCUGAAACGCGGCACGGGGGCCUGCCCCUAGAGAUCACCACCGAGGCCCUGCGGUGCGCGUGCUGCAGCGUCCUGUGGUGCCUGAACACCUUUGGCGAGGGAUCCACCUCCAGGGAAUUUGCCCUCCAUCAGAGAACUCAGUUACGAACCUUUUGUGAAAAGUGCCACCGUUGUCUGUCGCACCCUGAGCAGCUGGUGAAAGAGCAGGCGUUCCUGUGCUUGAGUGACGUCCUGGUGGCCCACAGCCACCGGCUGCAGGUGUGGGAGGGGUCAGCGGGCAUUCCCCGCCUCUACACACCUGAGCCCCGCCUCCAGAAGGCCCUGCUCAGCUUUGUGCUGGAGCGCGUCUUCACCGGCCCCGAGGCAGACAGCCACAGCAGCAGGGGCGGUGAGAGUGAGUGUGGCACACACAGGCUGGAGGGCUUGCACAGGAGGAGGGAAUGCUGGACCGCCUACUGUAAGCUGAUAGUGCACGGCGUGCUGGAGAUGAGCAUGGCUGCCGAGGUCUUCAAGCAGUACGUGAAGUACUACAAUGACUUUGGUGAUAUCAUCAAAGAGACACUGAACAGGACCCGGCAGAUGGACAAGAUGGAGAGUGCGCGCACCCUAGUUCUUUGCCUACAACAGCUGUACCUGCGGCUGAAGCAGGAGCAGGACCGCAGGACCCCGCGCUGCUCAGGAGUGCAGACCUACAGUAGCAUCAAAGAACUCGCCCGCCGCCUCUCGCUCACCUUCGGCUGGGACCGGAUCAAAUCCCGCGAGUCACUGGCCACCAUCCAUAGGGAUGGCAUUGAGUUCGUAUUCCAGGGUUUUGUCCAGCAGUCCGAGAAGCACUCGCCUCCGUACAUCUCCUAUCUCACCAUCCUCAGCGAGUUCUCCAACAAGCUGCUCAAACCAGACAAGAAGACCAUAUACAGCUACCUGCAGAGGUACAUGGGCGAGCAGACCAUUAACAUCAGGGAGGAGUGCUGGAUCCCCCUCAUCUACUACAGAGCGUCCCUCCAAGCCACGGCCGAGGGAGAGGACGCUGCAUCCUUCAUCAGCUCUGACACAAACAGGCAGCCGUCGCUCACCAAUCGCUCCAGAUCACCGUCUGUCAGGCAGGCCACCGUGGAAGAUCUGCAGUUUCAGCUGCCCUCUGCAGAUGCAAAGGGGAACAAGCAGGUGAAGAGUCAAGAAGAGGUGAAAGGGCCCGUAGACAAGGGCCCAGUCCCGCGAGAGCAGGCAGCGAGCAGUGAAACGCCGGCCAUCCCGCCCUGGAACACUGACGACGAGGUGGAUGCGGACACGGUGGAGAUAGAUAUCUAGAUCCCUGGUGGCCAGGUCGGAUCAGGUCGUGUUUACAGGUGUCCGGGGAAGUUGAGGCAAGCUGAGUAGAGUGAAUGUCGCGCUGCUGCACAAUUCCUCCAAAGGAUACAUCACAUUUGAUCUCACUGUGGGAAAGGUUAGUAGGAUUGCUGUAAAUGUUAAUAUGUUGGUGCUGCAGAUAUGUUAUUUAUAAUUUAAUCAAUGGGAAUUAUACAGUGCAAAAGUGUUGUGAUUAAACGGUUUGAGCAUUAUUUUUUUCUUUCACAAAACCAGAUCUAAGCUAAAAUAUUAGAAGGGGCACGUCACUUAGCUCUGAUUUCUAAUAAAACCCUUUGUUGUAAUUGCUUUGGAGUAAUAAGCUGAAUUAUACAAAGCCCCAGAAGAAUGCCCUUCAUAGGAGAAACCCACACUUUUACAGAUGUUCUUGGUCAAUGUUAAACUACUAUUCAGUGCUGGUCAGUAUUUUAUGUACAGUACUAGCACUGGGCAAAAGCUGGAAAUACCAUAUGAGAAUAGGAAAUGUAUAUAGAAAAUGACUAAAACUUAAAGCAACAUGCACAUCUGUCUCUUAUUCAUUUUAUUACUACUGUUUUUCUUUGAAACCUUCGCAAACCUUUAAAAACCACAUUUUAUUUUUGAGAUUUCAAAGUGAUGUAAGCCAUCAAAUAAAUUAUGGUUAUAUGUCAAAUGACAAAUUUGCCCCCCCAGACAAAAAUCUGGAUUUAAAGGACAUUUAAGACAAGACACAUCCUAAAAUCUAAUCUGCCAAUAUGCUGAUGCUUCCACCAUUUCUUCCACUCUGUAGAGUUUCAUGAAAUUAUAUGUAUUAAAAUAUGAAUAUUACAGUUUUUGGAUAUGACAUUUGCAAUUACAUUAACUGUAAUUGAAGAUAAAGGUAAUAAUUAAACUGAGUAUCUUGCAUUAUAAUAUCCACACAAAAUACUGUAACAUUGUGUAUAUAUAAUCCAUCAUAUUGCCCAUGCAAACCAUUUUUUCACGCCCCCCAAACCAUUUUUUAAAUAAUUUUUACUUCACCAGAGAUAAUAGAUAUUUGUGCUCAUAGUUUAGGCAAAUUUGGAAAAAAUGUAAAAAAUAUGAAGGCACAAGAAGAGGCUACUACAGAGCUUUGAAACAAGCGAUCAUUUAGACCUCUUUGUAAUAUUUGUUUUUAUAUCAUUCUGUUCCGUUCUAUUAUAUUAGAAUUACAAUUCUAAUACAAGUUUUUAUAUUAUUCUGUUCAGAAUAAUAUAAAAAAAAUAUUGUUUUACUUUAUCAUUGUAAUAGUGCCAUUUGAACCUUUAUAGAAUCGCUGUUGUUAUUUUGGGCAAUAGGGCACAAUGUCAACUUUCACCAACUCAAUGUUUAUUUUAAGAUCACCUAAGCCUAAAUUACAGGACAAAUUUAUUGACAAAAGGUAGAUAAAUCAAGGAUUAGAAAUCUCAAUACAACAAGGAAUCGUAAAUUGUAGGGAAUUAAAACAGAAACACUUGAAACUUUCAAGUGUUCUAGAGUUUGAACAAUGAACUGUAUAAGAACUUAUUUAUUUGUUAUAUCAAAUCAUGUGUACUGAAUUAAACAUUUUUGCUAUUAGCUACAUAAAACAGUGAUGCAGGAAUGAAAAUACACCAUUUUUGUUUAGAGGAAAAAAAGACUAGUCUUUUUUUCUGUCUAGUCUCUGACAAAAAAAAGUGCACCCGUAAAUUAACCUAUUUUUAAACUAGUUGUGUUUUCUGCAACAUGAAAGGAUAGUAACAACAAAAAUAUUUUUAAGAGGAGAUAUGUUGUGACAUGUAUUUGUAGUAAGAGAAAAACAGCAUUAUGAGUGAGUGAAGCUUGCCUUUGCACACUCCCCUUCAUUCAGGGGUCUACACUGUUAUCCAUUAACCAAGCAUUUGAAUGGUCUGAAUGAGGAACUUGUAUAUUGUACUUGACUGUUAUUGUCUGCUAAAUCUGUGUAAUGUUAUCAAAAUUGCCCUGAUACAUUUUUUCUAUGUUUUUUAAAAUGUACUAUGUACUUUUUAAAAUAAUUAAAUGCAGCAUUCUCAUUUAAACGUAUGGAACCCUUUAUAAUAGACAGGAUGAAUUAACUUCUAAAUACUUUAUUUGACCUCAUUUUAUACAACAUAAAAAGCGUUUUUCAAGGAUGACAGUAAAGUUUAUAGAAAAAAAAAUCCAAACAUGAUUUGUUGAAAACAUUUAGCUGAAAUAAACCUAAACACUGAAGAAAA